GAACAUUUAACAAAAACAAACCUAGAUACGACACAACAACAAUUAUCCGUAUUCGAUUUCUCAAGUGAUACCAUAAUUAAUUAAAAUCGUGUAAUGUUGGACCAUUUUACAGAAUUCCAUGCUGUUUUUGUUUUUUAAAUAAAAUCGCAAUUCGCAAACAUCCAGGCCAGAGGCGGCGACAGUGAGCUCCAGUCAGUUGGAUGUUUGCGCUCCGUAGGAGUGGCCCAAAUGUUUCGACAUCACCUCACGCGUUGUGAGCGACAGCGGCCAAGCUAGAUGGUACUUCGACUCGGCAGCUAACGUUCGGGUUCGCAUUUCCAAAAGAAGACAUAUCCAUUUAUCUCAUUGUGGGUGCAGACUGUACCACAAUGGCUCUUUACGAAUAUGUCACUCAGGAGCAGCUCGCAGGCUUCGACAAAUACAAGUACAGCGCAGUGGACUCGAAUCCCUUGUCUGUCUACGUCAUGCAUCCUUUCUGGAACUUUGUGGUGAAGUUUCUACCAACAUGGUUGGCUCCAAACCUCAUUACAUUCACAGGCUUUAUGUUCCUUGUGUUGAAUUUCCUUAUGUUGGCCUUUUACGACUUUGACUUCACUGCCUCUGCUGCAGGACAUGAACACGUGCCUAGCUGGGUCUGGGUUGCCGCAGGGAUCUUCAACUUCUUGGCCUAUACACUCGAUGGUGUUGAUGGUAAGCAGGCUCGUCGCACCAACUCCUCCACGCCACUAGGGGAGCUGUUUGACCAUGGCCUGGACAGUUGGGCCUGCAUCUUCUUUGUGGCCACCGUCUACUCCAUAUUUGGACGUUUGGAAAGUGGCGUGGCCGUGCUCACACUGUAUUACAUCCUGUGGGUGGUGCUGUUCUCAUUCAUCCUGUCUCACUGGGAGAAAUAUAACACUGGCAUCUUGUUUCUGCCAUGGGGAUACGACAUCAGCCAAGUGACAAUCUCCCUGGUUUACUUGGUGACUGCUGUGGUCGGCGUGGAGAAGUGGUACCAGCCAUGCCUGUGGCACUACCUCUAUAGAGACCUUUUCAGCUUCAUGAUCAUCGUCUGUUCCUUCACUGUGACCUUACCCAUGAGCCUCCACAAUGUCCUGAAAGGUUACCGCAGUAACACCCUGAAGCACAGCAGCAUGUACGAAGCCUUCCUGCCCUUCCUCUCUCCCGUCCUGCUCUUCAUCCUGUCCACCACCUGGGUGGUCUUCUCUCCAUCCAACAUCCUCGAGCUGCAGCCCAGGAUCUUCUACCUCAUGGUGGGCACGGCCUUCGCUAAUGUCACGUGUAAGCUGAUCGUGUGUCAGAUGAGUAACACACGUUGCCAGGCGCUGAGCUGGCUGUUGUUGCCCAUGACGCCGGUGGUGUUGUUAUCGGUGACCGGGGUGGUCGCAAACGAGACCCUCCUGCUGUAUCUGUGGACGGCUGGCGUCGUCCUAGCACACAUACACUAUGGAGUUUCAGUGGUAAAACAGCUCAGCAACCACUUCAGCAUCUUGGCCUUCUCCCUGAAGAAGCCCAACAGUGACUGACAGGAGCAAGAACGAAUCGGCUUGAAGGCAGCGGAAGUUUAGGCUUCCUGGCUUAUCGACACUUCACUCUCAUCACCACGGAAACCGCAUCCCCUCCCCUCCAUCCAUGAGGACUCUACGAGUGGAAUGGACUGUGUUUCCACUGUCCGCAAAAACACACACACCCACACGCACGCACACAUUCCCAACCAAUCAAACUCUGGUCUCUGCGAUGGGGUGGGCCCAGGGGCUCUGGCUUCCGUCAUUGGUGAUUUGGCUAACUUGGUUGAGCCAAUGAGGUGCAAUUGUUUCCUACGGAAAUGUGCUUCAGUCAUGAGGACGGGCCAUGCGAACACACACAGACACAGACACACACACACACACACACACACACACACACACACACAUAUACUUGUACAUACUGCUUUCGUGCAGAUAAUUUAUAACUCGUGGCAGGUAUUUCAAGUACAAACACAGCCAGACACAAACGCACACAAACAGUUGCACUCACAUAGUAUUAUGAAUGUAUAAUAUGCCUUGGGGAAACGCCAUUUAAGUCUUAUUAUCUAAUUAUUAUAUUAACAGGAAUGCUUCAAGUAGUGUUGUUUCAAACCUGACCAAACCUCUAAAUUGUGGCCGCGUGUGGCUCCUACACAUCCACAGCGGUGUCCAGAGUUUAACGGUUCAGUCACCCAUUUCUUUUUUUCCAUGGGAUGAUUUUCUGUUGGAAAUCCCAGUGAUAUAUGUCAAUAGCUAUAUAUAUAUAUAUAUAAUAUACUGUAUGUGUUAAGGGGUUUCAGGCAUUUUAUUUUUGACUGAAAGGAAACUUAAAAAAAGAAGAUAACUCCUGUAAAACGUUGUAUAAAUUUUCCUCUAAUUAAUUCCACAUUCUGCUCUGUGAUGAUGGUUGUCAUGAGUAAACCGUGUUGGAUUGUGUCUAACUAGGGCAAGAAAUGACCAGGGUGACCUCUGACCUUUUGAACUCUACUAAGCUUCCACUUGGGCCUCCGACAGAGCACCCGGGUCUCCCUACCUUCUGAGGUGUUGUGUCUUCAUGCCGAUUCGUUCUGUUUUAAUUUUUAUUAUAUAUAUAUAUAUAUAUAUA